AUGUUGUUUCGUUUAUAUUUUCUUAUCGUUCUUUUGAUACCGGCCUUUUUGGAAGUGAACUGUGGAAAGCAGUUUCGGUUGGGUCGAGCAAAGGGUGGUAAUUUAGGAGCUCCACAGGGUGUUGCACACGAAGAGGUCCCUCCAGCGAAAUGGUUCAAGCAAAAGCUGGACCACUCUGCACCUACAGACCUUAGAACAUGGAAGCAGAGAUACUUCAUAAAUGACACAUUUUAUGAUAACAAAUCCGGUCCUGUAUUCCUUAUGGUUGGGGGUGAGGGUCCCGCAGACCCACGUUGGAUGGUUAAAGGCACAUGGAUAGACUAUGCUAGAAAGUUCAGAGCUAUGUGCAUUAUGUUGGAACAUCGGUACUAUGGGGAAAGUCAUCCGACAGACGAUGUAAGUACUAAAAACCUACAGUACUUAUCAUCAUACCAGGCUUUAGCAGAUGUAGCAAAUUUCAUUAGUUCAAUGAAUAUUGAAUAUGGAUUCGACCCGAGUAGGAUAAAAUGGGUGGCCUUUGGUGGUUCGUACCCUGGGUCUCUGGCUGCGUGGCUGAGGGUAAAAUAUCCCCAUCUUGUCUUCGCUUCUGUGUCCUCAAGUGGUCCAUUGCUGGCUAAAUUGGAUUUUAAGGAGUACUAUGAAGUGGUCGCUAACGCCAUACAAGAGAAGACGACCAGUUCAAAUUGUCUCAAAAAAGUGAGAGCGGGACACAAACAAGUUGUUGCUUUAAUGAAUGCCAACCCACGGGUACUUGAUAAGGAAUUCAGAACUUGCAAGCCGCUUUCUACGGCAUCUAAGAAUGAUAUAAAGAACUUCUACAACGGUAUUGCCGACGACUUUGCUGAGCUAGUUCAGUACAACGAGGAUAAUCGAAUGAGUCUCAAUACCAAAUACAAAAAUAUUACUAUCAAUACGGUGUGUGACAUGCUGAUUAACAGCAACGACACAGCGUUGAAGGCGCUCGCCAAAUUCAAUUCUAUAAUGCUGGACAAGUCGAAUCAGACAUGCAUGGACUAUAGCUACGAUAGCAUGAUACGCGAAAUGAGGAACAUCUCUUGGACGUCCACGGAGGGCGGUCGUCAAUGGAUAUACCAGACGUGCACCGAGUUUGGUUUCUACCAGACGUCGUCUGGAGAGGUGGAUCUGUUCGGAGACCAAUUCGGUAUAGACUUCUUCGUACAGCAGUGUGUUGACAUUUUUGGAAAAAAGUUCAAUAAAGACUUCAUAAAUAAGGGCAUAAAGUGGACUAACAGCGAGUACGGCGCGAUGGAGAUCACCGCUCCGAAAGUGGUCUACGUGCAUGGAUCGGUGGAUCCGUGGCACGCCCUCGGCAUGACGAAGACCAGGGCCAAUGAUGCGCCCGCCAUAUUUGUUAAAGGUUCCGCUCACUGCGCCGACAUGUACCCGGGCCGUGAUUCCGACAUCGCCGAGUUGGUCCGCGCCCGUGAGUCCGUCGAGAUCCUCUUGUCUCAAUGGCUCCAGCUGCCAUGA